AUGAAGGAAGAGACAAAAUUGAAACUCAAAAAUUGGAUCGUUUUAUGUUGGGCGACCUUUGAUCUUCUCUUCCACGCUGUCCUCGUUUUUGCAUGGAUAGGUACUGAUGACCUCUUUGUAGCUUCUGCUGCGUUUUAUCUGUUCCCGGAUUUCGAAAUUUGCCGAGCAAAGCUUCUUGAGAAAAGCUGCAAGACCGGCCAAGAUAUGUGCGAUCUUCUUUUCGAAGAAGAGAAAGUCGCCUUGAUGCCUGGUGGCUCGACUUUUCUUAGGCCGGAAGAGGAGCUAACUUCUCGACUUUGUUACAUUGAUUUCAACGGAGGCGAUGCCAUGAAAGCAUCAGAAAAAAUUGGCUUGGAAAAAUCGCUCCCGGAAGAUUUUGUUGAAAAAGAAGUCAAAACAAUGUUUGAUGCGAUUCAAAAACUUUGCAAUUUUGUCAAACGUUAUUCUUAA